UCUACUCGUCAAGAGACCCAAAUCCCUCUCCGGAGGAAAGGUUAAAGAUUGUGAUGUCUCAAGCUCGCGUUUAUACCGACGUCAACGUUCAUCGCCCGCGGGAUUACUGGGAUUACGAGUCUCUCACUGUUCAGUGGGGCGAUCAAGAUGACUAUGAAGUUGUUCGGAAAGUGGGAAGGGGAAAAUAUAGUGAGGUCUUUGAAGGUAUAAAUGUAACAAACAAUGAAAGGUGCAUCAUAAAAAUUCUCAAACCAGUGAAGAAGAAGAAGAUAAAGAGAGAGAUAAAGAUCCUUCAAAGUAUCUGUGGAGGUCCAAAUGUUGUGAAGCUGCUUGAUAUAGUUAGAGAUCAGCAUUCAAAAACUCCUAGCUUAAUUUUUGAAUAUGUGAACAGCACUGAUUUCAAAGUCUUGUAUCCAACAUUGACUGAUUAUGAUAUACGCUACUACAUCUAUGAGCUUCUCAAGGCAUUGGAUUAUUGCCAUUCGCAAGGGAUAAUGCAUAGAGAUGUCAAGCCUCACAAUGUUAUGAUUGAUCACGAACUGCGAAAACUUAGGCUGAUUGAUUGGGGGCUUGCUGAAUUUUAUCACCCUGGAAAAGAAUACAAUGUCAGGGUCGCAUCAAGAUACUUUAAAGGUCCCGAACUGCUUGUUGACUUGCAAGAUUAUGACUAUUCUCUGGACUUGUGGAGUCUUGGUUGCAUGUUUGCCGGAAUGAUUUUUCGUAAAGAACCGUUCUUCUAUGGUCAUGAUAAUCAGGAUCAACUUGUUAAAAUAGCCAAGGUGCUUGGGACAGAUGAGUUGAAUGCGUAUCUGAACAAAUAUCAUCUUGAAUUGGAUCCUCAACUUGAUGCUCUUGUUGGAAGGCAUAGUAGGAAACCGUGGUCAAGAUUUGUUAAUUCAGACAAUCAACAUCUGGUUUCACCAGAGGCCAUUGAUUUUCUUGACAAGCUGCUGCGCUACGAUCAUCAGGACAGGCUUACAGCCAAGGAGGCAAUGGCGCAUCCAUACUUCAACCAGGUUAGAGCUGCAGAAAACAGCAGGAUGCGCACUUAAUAUGGCGUAAAGCUCAAGAAGUAUUAUCGAACAUUUUGUUACAAUGAUGAAUUCUCGCGUAUGAUGAGAACUUGUUGACUCUUGUAAUGAAUAGAUGGAAUGUGGUUUCAUUCCUUCAAUAUUAGCACACUCCCAAACUUUACUUCCAAGAUUGUACAUUCAUUAUAUCCACAAAUCACACAGUUUCUCUCCCACCAUAUAAAGAAGUGUAUGAUACUAAUAUUUGGCUUACUGGGGAUAAGAAAAUAGAGAAGCAAAGCUAGAUUGCAUAUUAAUGUAUGUAUGUAUGAACCAUAAGAGUUGUGCAUUAAAUAUUAAGCUUGAAAGUGGUUCACACAAUUCAGAGGCAUACACACACAGUGCAUAGAUGAAACCAUGAUAAUGAUAACAAUUGUAAUUAUUUCUUUAGAUGAGGGAAACAGGUGAACAA